AUGGUGAACAUUCCUAAAAAGCACUGGACUUUUUGUAAGUGUGGCAAGCACCAACCCCACAAAGUGACACAGAAGGGCAAGGAUGCUCUGUAUGCACAGGGAAACUGGUGUUCUGACAGGAAGCAGAGUCGUUCUGGUGAGCAGACUAAGCCGAUGGUCCGCAAAAAGGCUAACACUGCAAAGAACGUUGUCUUGAGGCUUGAGUGUGUUGAACUCAACUGCAGAUCUAAGAGAAUGCUGGCUAUUAAGAGAUGCAAGCAUUUUGAAUGGGGAGGAGAUAAGAGAGAGGGCCAGGGGAUUCAGGUCUAA